AUGUGGCCGCAUUCGCAUGGCUUUAGUGUAGCCUUGAGGAGUUCUGGCAGCGGAAAUGAGCCGCUGUGGCGUGUACAGGGGCAGGAGCCAGUGGUAUGCAGCAAGAACACGGGACACACGAUCAGGUUCAAACUUCGGUGGGACGAUGUUGACAGCACCCACUCCGGUAACAUCUACGAGCGGUGGAUGAUGGACCGGCCUCCUCCAAAGGAUUCUUGGAGCGACUCCAAGUGUGGCUCGAAACAGUUUGAGGCUGGUUCGACUCAAGGAGAAGCAGCCUCGGGCAUGGAGGAUAUGAUAUUUGAAAGGGGGAAUGUGGAGAGUCGGUCCAACCCCUUGGAAGAGGCGAGUGGUGGGCUGGACAGUUGGGGCGGGAAAUUACUUCUGAGUCGACUCAAGAGUCGAGUGGUGGGCAGAGAAAGGAUGGUGUGUGGUCAGGACAGACACGCUACUGGCAGUGAGGCGAGAGGUGGUGGGAGGGGAGAUGGUGGGGUGAGAGAUGAUGGGAUGGGAGACGGUGGGGUGGGAGACGGUGUGGCUAUUGCUGGAAGCAGGGAUGAGUGUGUGGGCGUUGGUGGGGGUGGGAAGGGCCGGUCUGCGCUAAUGCAAGGGGAGGAGGACGAUCAGUUGGAACGGCAAGGGCAGCAGAACGAGUACGAGCAGCACCAUGGGCAGCAGUGCGGGGAGCAGGGGGAAGAUGACGAGGAGGGAAGGGAGGAACGUGAGGAGAAGGAGGAAGAGGAAUACGAGGAGGAGGGGGAGGAGGGACAUGAGGAGGACGGGGAAGGGGAGGAGUUGCAAGAGGACGAGGAGGUGUAUGAAUACAUGGGUGUGCGCUCAAGUCUCACCAUCACCCGCAGCAGCACCAUGCCCAGCCACCCCUCCUUGCACAUCCACAUCCCCACCCAGCCACAGUCAACUAUUUCAGAGCAUCCCAGUCUGCAGCUUGUUGACUCGGAGCCUAGUGCGUCUCACUAUCAUGAGCCCACAGAGACACCUAUGGAUUCGGGUGAUUAUGACUUGGACGCUGCGGCUGGUGGCAGAGCCAGAAGUGGUGCUGAUGCAGCAGCCGUGGCCAUGAUUCGUGGUGAUGCUUCAGCCUGUUCUGCUGAUGCUGCAGCAGCCUCGUCUCCACCGCCAGUUUCUCCUGCUGCUGCUGCUGCUGCUGCUGCUGCUGCUGCUGCUGCUGCUGCUGCUGCUGCUGCUGCUGCUGCUGCUGCUGCUGCUGCUGCUGCUGCUGCUGCUGCUGCUGCUGCUGCUGCUGCUGCUGCUGCUGCUGCUGCUGCUGCUGCUGCUGCUGCUGCUGCUGCUGCUGCUGCUGCUGCUGCUGCUGCUGCUGCUGCUGCUGCUGCUGCUGCUGCUGCUGCUGCUGCUGCUGCUGCUGCUGCUGCUGCUGCUGCUGCUGCUGCUGCUGCUGCUGCUGCUGCUGCUGCUGCUGCUGCUGCUGCUGCUGCUGCUGCUGCUGCUGCUGCUGCUGCUGCUGCUGCUGCUGCUGCUGCUGCUGCUGCUGCUGCUGCUGCUGCUGCUGCUGCUGCUGCUGCUGCUGCUGCUGGUGUCACAGCGCCUGCAAGCACGGGUGCUACGCCCAACACCAUCACUGCAGCCCUCUCCCUUGUAAACCCACCUCUGCCUGUUUCUGCCGCACCUGCUUCUGCCGCACCUGCUUCUGCCGCACCUGCUUCUGCCGAGGCUGCUUCCACUCUCCCUGCUUCGGGUUUCGGCCCGAGUCCGUUGGGUCAACUUGCCUCUCAUUGGAUUCACUCCAACCUUCCGCCCCACCCUGUUGCCACCCAGCCAAUCCCAGCCGUCCCAAACCUUCCAGACGUGCUGCCGAGCCUCCCGAACGCCCCUCCGAACCUCGCCAGUACGCUUCCGAACCUGGCGACCUCUGCAGCACCUGAGAUCACUUAUCCCUCCAUGUCUGACCUAAUUGCAGGGUGGUUUUCAGGUGCCAGCCCAGGUGUGACUAUGCAGCAGUGGGGCUCUAUGGGGGGACUAGGCUCAGGGAUAGGAGCAAGCCCAAAUCUGACUUUACAGCCAUGGGGUGCUUUAGGGGGGAUGGGCUUGGGAACAGGACCUAGCCCAGGUGUGACUAUGCAGCAAUGGGGUACUGUGGGAGGGAUAGGCUCAGGAAUAGGAGCUAGUCCGAGUGUGACUAUGCAGCAGUGGGGCUAUAUGGGAGGGAUGCGCCCAGGGGUAGCAGCAAGCCCAGGUGUGACUGUAACGCAGUGGGGCUCGUUUGCAGGGGGGGCUGGAAUGGGAAACGGGUUUGGAGGGCUUGGAGCGAGCCCAGGUGUUAUGGCGGGCACUUCUUGGUGA